UCUGCCGAAAUGAUUAAACGAAGAAGUCCAGUUCUCGCGAGAUAUCGCAGAACCAGAGCCGGCAGCUCCAUCAGACGGUGUUGGAGUAGUUGACAGAGUGUAGAUGCUGUUUGUUGUUAAAAAUAUAUUAUCGUACUUUUAGGAUUUAAACAUGUACGGCUAAAGACCACACUACUGCCACUUUCUCUUUCGAAGUUUGUCAUAUGUAAGAAAUCAAUUUUAGAGGCCUUCUGGUCGCUUGCAUGCUGCUAUGAGCUAAUGCUAAGGUUAGACAACGUGAACAACACAACAUUUAUUACGGAAUAUUUCAUCCUUAUCGAGCUGUUAUAACAUUAAACUCACAAUGAAGUGCCAUUAUGAAGUACUGGGUGUGAAAAGAGACGCUGGAGAUGAUGAGUUGAAGAAAGCGUAUCGUAAAUUGGCGUUGAAAUGGCAUCCAGGUGAGUGGAGAUGGGGGUCUGGUUGUUCUGAAAGUCUUCCUGAUUUAAUGAGAUCAAUAUUUAAUUUUGUGAAUUAAUGUCCAUGCAGGAUAUGAUGGUCAUAGAUAUAGAGGUGAAAAAUAAGAGGUGAUGAGCAGUUUAAUUGUAUAAUAGUGUGAUAUGACCUGUUACAAAGCACCAAAAGUACAUUGUCAAGUAUUUUGUACCAAAUGCGUGCAACGUUAUUUGUUUAGCAUCUGGAUGACAGAUGUUAUAACAGUCAGGUUGAAGUUAGAGAUCAUUAUUUACCUCUGUGGUGUGAUGGAUUGUUUAUAAUUCAUGUCUGCAACACUGCACCAUAUAAUGGUUACAAUUAAUGUUAUUCAUUUGAUAAUUCCUGUGUGGUCUAAAAGAUGAUGUAAGCUGACAUUUCAGUUCUGAUUAUUGAGCUAAAUUCAGUUCUCACCAUGAGAUGCUGAUAAAUCAAACUUCUUUCUUGUUCAUUUCCAACCACUAAAGACUUAUUUUCCUCUGAAAUUUCCAGAUAAAAACUUGGAUAAUGCAGAAGAGGCUGCAGAGCAGUUUAAGCUGAUUCAGGCAGCUUAUGAUGUCCUGAGUGAUCCACAGGAGAGAGCAUGGUGAGGAGGAAAUUGAUCUCAGCAUGUACACAGCCUUGUUCCUUACAGCGAAGAAAAUCCUUGCUGGUAUUUUUAUAAACAAUGUGGAUCCAGAUUAUUUUAAUGUCAGGGUUCCUAUGCAAGUAUGGAAAAGUAUGGAAGUAAUUUGAUAAAUUUCCAGGUCUUAAAGAGUAUGGUAAAAGAAAAAUUAAGUAUGGAAAAACAUUUAUGUUAACAGACUAUAUUACCACAGUUAUAAAAUACUGUUUUCUAGAAUAGAAAGUAGGCAUUUCUAAAAAAAAAAAUCUAGAAAGUAGGGUAUAGAAAAGUAUGGAAAUUCCAACUGUGUAGGAACCCUGUAAUGUGAUACCUCUCACUGUGUUUGGCAGGUAUGACAAUCACAGAGAGGCUCUGCUGAAAGGAGGACUGAGUGGAGACUAUGAAGAUGACAGCAUUGACCUGCUGCAGUACUUCACAGUUACCUGCUACUCUGGCUACGGAGAUGAUGAGAAGGUAUGUGUUCAUCAUCAGGAAAGUCCUGUUGCUCUGGACUCAUAAAUGGACACAUUAAAUGGAGUCUUUUUAAGCAUGACUUGGGGAUCUUUUGGGGAAAGAAUAAUGAUCUGUGUUACUGAAGGAUGAUUGAUCCACACUGUCUCUUUUGUCUCUGUGGAGUAGAGGAAAAGAAUAUCUUUUUAGGCUCAUAUAAAUACUUAAAGUUAAAAGAAAUGUAGAUUUUGACACCCAGUAAAGUUCUUUUCAAAACACUCGCAAAGCUGCUCAAGUGCUCAAUUAUUGAGGUUUCUUGACAAUAAUUACAGAGAUGUGAAUGAAUGACACAAUACAUAAUCACACAAUAUCCAACUUGAUUAGAUGUAUUCUGAUUUUUAAAAGAAGUAAAUGUAAGCAAAGAUUCAUGACCCCACACAACUUAAUAACAGGCCAGACUGUCUGUCCUGUCUGUGCCAGUGAGAGGAAUUAUUCAGAGAUUAUCAAAAGGCUGAUUAAAGGCAAGCCAAGUGAUUGGAUUAGCUAGAUUAGCUAAAGGAGUGUGAAUAAUAAACUGUACAAUACAGAACUGAGAGAAAUCCAGUCUAUUUAAACCAUUUGUAUUUUUAUGCUGCUUGUGGCUCCAUCUUCCUAAUGCAAUCUCUAAACAGUCCUGCUCUGUGUUUUUCCUUUUUUAUCCACUCUUCCUCCCUAGGGUUUUUACACAGUCUACAGAAAUCUCUUUGAGUCCAUUGUUAAGGAAGAGAUGGAGCAUGGAAAGGUGGACAAUGAGGAAGAGGAGGAGGAGUUUCCUCCCUUUGGAGACUCUCAGAGUGACUAUGAUACUGUGAGCACUUAAAAAGAGCUAUAAUAAUCCCAUCAUUUUAUUUUUUUACGCUACUUUUUCAUUUUUCUAGUUAUGUAGAUGCACUCAGCCCUGAUUUCCAUGUCACAGGUAGUUCACGUGUUUUACGGCUACUGGCAGAGCUUCUGCACCCGUAAAAACUUUGCAUGGAAGGAGGAGUACGACACAAGGCAGGCCUCCAACCGCUGGGAAAAAAGGGCCAUGGAGAAGGAGAACAAGAAAACCAGAGAGAAGGCCCGAAAAGAGCGCAACGAGCUUGUUCGACAGCUGGUGGCUUUUGUGCGUAAGCGUGACCGCCGAGUGCAGGCCCACAGGAAGCUGGUGGAGGAGCAGAACGCUGAGAAGGUCAAGAAGAUGGAGGCGAUGAGGCGGCAGCAGAGGCUAAACCAGGCCAAGUGAGCAAUAGACAAAUAGUUUGACACUUUUAAUUAUGUUUCCUUAGCUUCUCUCUCAUAUUAAUAAUACUACUCUGUAUGUUUAUCCAAGACUGGCAGAGGAGUACAAAGAGCAGAGCUGGGCCGCCAUGUCUGAGCUUGAGAAAGAACUGCAGCAGAUGGAGGCCCAGUAUGGAGAGGAGUUUGGAGACGCAUCAGAGAGUGAAGAUGAGGAGUUGGAUAUGGAGACACAGGAGAAGAACGGUGACGAGGGAGGAGGUCAGUGGGAUUUGGUGGUGCUUCUCAUUUCGAAGUACAGAAAUACGAGAAAGACAAGAGCUUCAGUUUGUCUGUUUUGGCAGCUUCUGUUUCCUGGCUUGUUUCUGAUGCUGGUUAUUGAUUCCCAGAUGCAGAGCAGGCAGAUGAAGACGAACUGUUAGCUGACUAUUACGAUGAUCUGUACUGCCCGGCCUGCGACAAAUCCUUCAAAUCAGACAAAGCGUGAGUAUCUUCCUCCACCUGUCCACUUGCUUGUAGUUUUCUGAUCCAACAUGUGAAGUCUUCUUGCCAAGCUUUAGCAAAGUUAGUACACGGGUUGAUGUGCUGAGCUGUGUGUGUGAAAAAUACAGAUUUAAAAGUCCGAUUAAAAAAGUCGAACAGUUUUUUCAUGGUUUUGUUCAUUUUCUUCUCUGCAGUAUGAAAAACCAUGAAAAGUCCAAAAAGCACAGAGAGAUGGUGGCGUUGCUGCGCCAACAGCUGGAGGAAGAAGAGAAAUCACUUGGUCUAAACCCCAACGGAAAAGAGAGAGAAGAGGAUGAAGAGGAACAAGAAGAGAAUGAGGAAGACGAGGAGGAGGUAGACAAGCCAAGGCAGAAGUAUGUAUUUGAAUGUUCUGAUUGAAAAAAGUCUGCUACUUUUCAGUCUUGUUGACUGGGUGGAAUUUUGAAUAUUUUCUCAGUUGGUGUUUGACUGUUUGUCUCCUAUCCCGCACAGACUGUCCAAAAAACAAAAGAGGAAAAAGAAGCAGCAGAAAGCUGUAAAUGUGAGUCAUAUUAUUUCUACCUGCAGUUGUUUUUUUUGUUUUUUUUAAUUAAUCUUUUUAUUAGAGGUCAGGCCAAAAGUCAUUCCACAACAUUUAAAUAGCACCGGAGUAUACAGUCUCUCAAUAAACAACAAACGUCAUAAGGAUAAUUGCAGAGAUGUCGUCCGCCAACCUCCCUUCGUUUUUCUUGUUUUUUAACAAACGAUAAAAAAAAGAAAAGCCAUGAAAAAAAAAAUAAAAAAAGAAAAUAAAAAAGAAAACAAAAUAAAAAUAUAAUCCGACAAACACGAGAUAAUCUUAUGUUUAAACAGGUACCUGCAGUUGUCUGUGCCUGUUUUGGUCAACUCUCACACAUUUAAGGUGAAUAUUUCUGAAAGAUCUUCCUAAUUUUAACUUUUAUAAUUUCCCUUUUCUGCAGACUGCUGCAGAGGAGGUGAAGGAGGAGGAGAAACCGACUGUGACUACCCAUGAAGAAGACACUACAGAGAACACGGCAGAGCCUGAGGAGCAGGAUGAUCCCACUCCUGUAGAAGUCAAGAGGUCAUAAAAGUUUCUCUGUCUUUUUCUUUCUUUUUGUGCUAUAUUUAGAUCUGUUAAGUGUUCCUAAGUUUUCAUAUCACACAGUUUAUAUUUGUAUCAGUCUACUGAGCUGCAGUGGUCUUGAAUGUAUUUAGCUGCUUUGAUUCACUAAUUUGGACACUAGGGGGCAGCAGAGGGAACUUAAACACUUGAGGAGUUGUUACGGCCUUGUCUUUUUACUCAUUCAAAAACAGAGUUCAGUCAGCGUCAGUGCAGAGUUGUGUUUUGGAUAACUAGAUAGAUAAGGUUCAGUUUCAUGAGUUUUUUGAGGGUCUUCAGUUUGAUUGUGUUUCUGAACUGAUUGUAGUUUUUUUAAUCUUCCCUUUAUUGAACCUUCAGCAGCUCUGGGACGAAGACAAAGUCAAAGAAGGGAGGAGGAAAAGACAAACCGAAGAACGUAAAGUCCAGCACAGGAGAAGAACAGAUUCCUGAGGUUUGUACAAUAUAGCUCAGCGUCUGAGAGGAGUUUUAGUUGGUUAUGAACUUCAAAGAAACCCAUUUUCACUUUGUAAUUUACUUUUAGUUUUAUCAUUAUAUCUAUUUGAGUUGUCAAUUCUCCAUUCUCACCCACAGAAGGAAGUCAUCUUGCGCUGUGUGACCUGUAACAAUGAGUUCUCAACAAGGAACAAGUUGUUUGACCAUCUGAAGACAAGCGGCCACGCCACUGCGCUCUCUUCAAACGCUCCUCAGAACACCACGAGCAAGAGUAAAAAGGACAAGAAGAAGAACAGAUAGCAGCUGAGAGGACUGGACUCUGCAGGGACACAGGUAACCAUGACCUGACUGUAAGAGGACUUUAAUGGACUGAGUGAUUUUACAGAUUAUAAUUGUAAUCUUCCAAAUUGGAACAUUAUGAGCAGUUUUACAAACCUCUCCCAAACUUAUGCAAAUACCGGUAUUGAUGAUCCAACUAUCUUGUGUACAGAAAUCUCCCUUUGACCCCUUCUUCCAGAUCCUUUACUGUUUCAGAAAUCCCCUGUUUGUCAUGAGGACUUCUUCGGUGGUAUUACUGUAUUACAAAAAUAAAGUGAUACUGCAUGUUUGUAUUUAUACAACAACUUUGAAAUGACUUGUGUCAACACUUUAAUUUUCAAUUUUUAUCAAAAAUAUUUAAUGUACAGUUUCUCUGCUGUUUUAUUCGGUUGACAGAAAACCAUACCUGCUGAUUUAUCAAACCUGACAUAGGUAUUUGUUUGAGAAAUAAAAGCAGUAACAGGAAAUAAACUACAGACUGGUUGUUGAAUGAUCAGAUCUAUGUUGACUUAAUA